CGUAGUUGCGCAUUAUUGUUGCUAAUUUAUCCCCGCACAUAUAAAAAUAAUGUAGUCAUCUUUUCCACCUUACGAGCCCUCCUAGUAGCCUUGGGUAAUAACUGCUGGUGUUUUAACCUUACACAGAACAUAAUUCUUGAUUGACAAUCCGGUUACAAAAAGACAGCAGCUGUUUCAUUCAAAGGCACACAAUGGUUGAGUCACGACAACCUCAUUUUGAAACUCUUCAGCUUCAUGCUGGCCAGGAGCCUGACCCGACGACCAACGCUCGCGCUGUGCCUAUAUAUGCGACCACGUCUUACACAUUUAAUGAUUCUGCACAUGGCGCCAGGCUUUUCGGCCUCAAAGAGUUUGGCAAUAUCUAUAGCCGUAUCAUGAACCCCACAGUCGAUGUCUUUGAGAAGCGUAUUGCAGCUCUCGAAGGUGGUGUUGCAGCGGUAGCAGCCUCUUCUGGCCAAGCGGCUCAGUUCAUGGCAAUCUCAGCACUUGCGCAUGCAGGUGACAAUAUCGUCUCGACCAGUAACUUGUACGGAGGCACCUACAACCAGUUCAAAGUUUUCUUCCCCCGGCUAGGGAUCACGACCAAAUUUGUCCAAGGAGACAAGCCAGAGGAUAUCGGUGCGGCAAUUGAUGACCGCACUAAGGCCGUUUAUGUCGAGACGAUUGGAAACCCUCGAUAUAAUGUGCCUAACUUUGAGGCUAUCGCUAAUGCUGCCCAUGAGAAAGGUGUGCCUUUAGUAGUUGACAACACUUUCGGGGCCGGUGGUUACUACUGCCGUCCUAUCGAACAUGGUGCCGAUAUUGUCGUUCACAGUGCAACUAAAUGGAUUGGUGGCCACGGAACCACUAUUGGUGGUGUCGUGAUAGAUAGCGGCAAAUUCGAUUGGGGUAAACAUGGUGCCCGAUUUCCGCAGUUUGUGGAGCCAUCCGAAGGUUACCACGGUCUGAAGUUCUGGGAGACCUUCGGGAAUUUGGCGUUCGCAAUCCGUGUCCGCGUUGAAAUCCUUCGGGAUCUCGGGUCAGCAUUGAAUCCAUUUGCUGCACAACAGCUAAUCCUUGGUCUGGAGACUCUUAGCUUACGUGCUGAACGGCAUGCAAGUAAUGCAUUGGCUCUGGCACGCUGGCUACGUACAAACGACAAUGUGAGUUGGGUUUCGUAUCCCGGGCUAGAGGAUCAUCCCUGCCAUGAGACUGCCAAGCGCUAUCUGAAGCGCGGCUAUGGCGGUGUCUUAUCAUUCGGUGUCAAGGGAGGCGCUGCUGCUGGAAGCCAGAUCGUCGACGGGUUCAAGUUGAUUAGCAAUCUAGCUAAUGUCGGAGAUUCCAAAACGCUUGCAAUCCAUCCUUGGUCUACGACACAUGAGCAACUGACCGAGCAAGAACGGCUUGAAUCUGGUGUUACUGAGGAUGCCAUCCGCAUUUCCGUCGGUACUGAGCACAUUGACGAUAUCAUUGCCGACUUCGAACAGUCAUUCGAAACUUCCAGUGCCGCACGUGCCUAAUAGGGAGUUACAAUGAGGAGAUAGUCAAGCAAUAGCCUGUCUGGACCUGUUAUCGGAAGCUGUUGAGGUAAUUUGGCGACAUCAGAGCACUUUGAGAAUCGAACUGGAGUGUAUAGGUAAAGUUCUCUAAAAGAAUAAAAACAAGAACGAGUCAAAUUAUCAUGGA